CUCCUCUAAAAAGUCAUUUUGACGAGUCAGGUAUACAGCGCUACCAGCAAACUCUCUCCUGAGCUGGCACACUGGCAGCGUGAACCUUUACCCGCAUCACAACGCGGCAGGUCAGGUUGAAGUCCGUAUUGGGAAAAUGCUUGUGUUUUCUCAGGGGUGGAUUAGUUCUCCAUAACAUCUUCUAUUUGACCUGUAACCUUUUCUCACUCAGGCAUGUUGUGGUUUGUCUUUUUUUUGCAAAGUGUGUAAACUGUGAAGUUAUACAAGGACUUGGCAUGUUUUGCAUCUGCCAAUACGUUUUGUGAUAAAAAUCACUGACUGUAUGUAAAAGAGUCUGCUGCUAUGGCAAUUUCUUGAGACGAGAUCAAGAACGGAUAAACACACCAUAAAACCCCCUCAGGUUACCAAGAAUAUGGUUUCCAAGCGUCUGACUGACGUUAUAUCUUUGCAAGAAAACCAAGCCUCUCAUUGGUCCAAGCAAGGAAAAAAAAAAAAGGAUUAUAAAUAGUGACGGUGAGGCAGCAGGAGUGUGGUUUUCUUGCUCAUCCAGUGAAAGCAUGAGGUUGUUCGUUCUGGUGGCUCUGUUCGGGCUCGGACUCGCCCAGCACAACCCUCACACCAAGCAUGGAAGGACAGCCAUCGUCCACCUGUUUGAGUGGCGCUGGGCCGACAUCGCUGCAGAGUGCGAGCGCUUCUUGGGUCCCAAUGGCUUUGGUGGAGUUCAGAUCUCUCCUCCAAAUGAGCACAUUGCGCUGAACAAUCCCUGGAGGCCGUGGUGGCAGAGAUACCAGCCAAUCAGCUACAACCUGUGCUCCAGAUCUGGCAGUGAGAGCGAGCUGAGAGACAUGAUCACCAGAUGCAACAACGUCGGGGUCAACAUCUAUGUGGAUGCUGUCAUAAACCACAUGUGUGGAGCCGGGGGUGGAGAGGGAAACCACUCUUCAUGUGGAAGCUGGUUCAGCGCCGGCAACAGUAGCUUCCCCAGCAUCCCCUAUACCCACUGGGACUUCAACGACAACAAAUGCAGGACUGGAAGUGGCAAUAUUGAGAACUAUGGCGAUUACUAUCAGGUACGUGACUGUCGUCUGGUUGGUCUGUUGGACCUCGCCCUGGAGAAGGAUUACGUUAGGGGCAAGGUGGCCGACUACAUGAACAAGCUGAUUGAUAUGGGUGUGGCUGGAUUCAGAGUGGACGCCUGCAAGCACAUGUGGCCUGGUGACCUGGCUGCCAUCUACGGUCGUCUGCAUAACCUCAACACCAAGUGGUUCCCUGGUUGCUCCAGACCCUUCAUCUUCCAGGAGGUUAUUGAUCUGGGAGGUGAGUCCAUUAAAUCCAGAGAGUACUUCCAUCUGGGAAGGGUAACCGAGUUCAAAUAUGGUGCCAAACUGGGAACUGUCUUCAGAAAAUGGAACGGCGAGAAGCUGUCUUACACUAGCAACUGGGGAGAGGGUUGGGGUUUCAUGCCCAAUGGCGAUGCGCUUGUCUUCGUUGACAACCAUGACAACCAGAGGGGCCACGGUGCUGGUGGUGCAUCCAUUGUUACCUUCUGGGACUCCAGGCUCUACAAGAUGGCUGUUGGCUACAUGCUGGCCCACCCUUAUGGAGCAACCAGGGUGAUGUCUAGCUACCGCUGGAACCGCCACAUUGUGAAUGGAAAGGAUCAAAAUGACUGGAUGGGCCCUCCCAGCCAUGGUGAUGGAUCCACCAAGUCUGUUCCCAUCAACGCUGACCAGACUUGUGGAGACGGAUGGGUGUGCGAGCACAGAUGGCGCCAGAUCAAGAACAUGGUCAUUUUCCGUAACGUGGUCAAUGGACAGCCUCACUCCAACUGGUGGGACAACAAUAGCAACCAGGUCGCCUUUGGACGUGGUAAUCGUGGUUUCAUCGUCUUUAACAAUGAUGACUGGGACCUGGAUGUGACCCUGAACACCGGCAUGCCCAAUGGCACCUACUGUGACGUCAUCUCUGGCCAGAAGGAAGGAAACAAAUGCGCUGGGAAGCAGAUCCAAGUUGGAGGUGAUGGCCGUGCCCACUUCAGGAUCAGCAACAGAGAUGAGGACCCCUUCGUUGCUAUUCAUGCCGAAUCCAAGCUAUAAACACAUUCUCUAUGAUUUUAAAUAAAUCUUAUUUUUCAGCUUCAAUGAUGAAUUAGGUGUUUUGCUGACAAAAUAUUAAAAAAAAAAAUUUCCAACAAUUUUUAGUUUACUUUAAACUUGCAAAGUGAAAGAAAAGAAAGCCAUACAUUUCUAGUCAUAUUUUUUUUAGAAAAGUUGUUGACUGUUGCAUCUGUAACCACAUCUAACAGUGAUACGACUUCACCGCACUUGCAGUAAGUUACUCUUUGAACUGACUGCAGUAUCACAUGGGUGGAAAACACUUUAAGGGCUAAGAAGUUUAGGUACUUUAGUUUUCUGUUGAAAGUAUGCACUUAACGUCGCUGAUUAGUGUGAUCGCCGCUGCACGUUGAGAUCACCAAAGACACAAAAAUUCAGAAUCUGCCACUGACACUUUCACAUGGAAAAGGAAUAAAGAGAAAAUAUCGAAAACCUUGAUAAAGUGUUAAGGCCUGUUGUGCAAUCAACUGUUCUCCCCCUUCUGUCAUGUGUGAGAGGGGUUGUAUCGUAUGAAUAGUGAUGUCAAUGCAUACCCUCUGUAUUUGCCAACUUAAAGGACAACAUUCAUGAGUCCACCCAUAUGCAGAAAAUCUGUCCAUCUGAUAGUAAAAUCUGGUCAGGUCAGGCAUAAAGAAAUACAGCACAUGAGGAUACUGUUUGACCAGCAACUGUUCAAAAAUUAGCAUUUUCUCAAACUUUGGUAUCCUUUAAAACCCCCUGCAUUAACAACUGUUCUGCUGCCAUCUUGGGACGGUUUUACGUAAUAUGUAAAAGGCUAAUAGGCUGUCAGAAACUCUGAACACUGAAGGCCAGGGUAAAAAGAGUUACAGCAUGUUAAACUCUAAUAAUGACCAGAAAAGUAAUUUACCUCAGUCUAACAGGAGCAACUCUAAAGUAGCUUGUCAUUUCCAGAUUUUGUAGGCUGAAAUUAUGACUUGCUCGCAGACUUUUUCGGCUGCAGCUAGCUAAUGUGAGCUAAUGCUAACUGUAAAUCUCCUUGAGGUGGUUUAAAAUGUUCUCUUGCUGAGUUUGAAUGAUUCCAGCUGAGUCAUUUUAAAAUGACAACCCUGUAUCACAGUCUUAAAUAUGCACUUUUUAGCGACAUACAAUUUAUCAGGCUAAAACACUGAGGCCAAACCUUCAUGUCCCAGUCACGGUUUUAUAAAUAAAAAUGUAAUUAAAAUGUUAUUCACUCUAACGUAACACAUAUUUGGAUUUUUUUAUUGAGGGUUUUUGAAAUUGCUGUGCAAAAGCUGUUUUCUCAGACGGCCACAAACAAGACCUCGAUGCCUGCGAAUGUCCCUCAUUGCUGCAUUGUGUAUUCUUCUCCUCCACUGGGACGACUCCUUGCCAUCACACUGUAGCCACUUCAGUUUCACCUGAGUGCAGCACUGGCAUCCGUCAUUAGGGCAUCACAGGGGCCCAGAGGGCCAAUGAGCCAAAUCUCCAUCCUUACUUUCUCCCUCUCUCUGCCCAUCUUCCCGUCCCGUCACCCUUGCUUCCUCCCUGCCUCCACCUGCCUUAGCCCGCCUGCCGAAGCCCCCGUCAGCAGCUCUGGACCGGUGGCACUGGAGUGCCAGCCACCAGAGGUGAGAUAGCAAAGGUGAUGCCUGCCAGAACAUUCAGCUCAUCUCUGUUGUCAUGGCAAUGCGACCCCCAAGUGGGAGAAAACCUAGGUAUUUCUUUAAUGUCUCAUCGAAAGUAAACCGCUUUAUAGUGUCAAUCAAAUCGUGCAGAAUAUAAUAGAAGCAAUGGUAACAUACUGUAUAGGUUAUAACUGGACACCUGCAUUCCUCUCACAACUGAAAGUUUUCCCAGGCGCUGCAGUCAUCUGAAGUUGUGAAUUGCUGUUUAAUCUGAAAUACAUGUCAGGUGAUGAAUCUUUGUUCACAAAAUGCGCAAGAGCAGAAGUCAAAAUGACAGAGAGUGUAGGAGAAGGAUAGAGGGAGACCUGAACGUUGGACUAGCCUCAACAUAUUGCAACUGCUAAAUUAUUGACCCUCUCUCCAUCUUUUGGUCCGGCAGCUGCGAGGGCCUGUACUUUCCGAUUAGCUGCAGAGAUGUCAGUGUGGCAGACCGGGGUCUUUGGUCCUGUCAUCUUCACUGAUGCUUUGUGACAUGGCUGUCAACGGUGUCCCCAUCCUGUUUCAUAUUUCAUAUAGUGCACCAGACCUGCCUGUCACAUUACCCGGGGAGAAAGACAGCCAUCAACUUAAAGAUGAAGCAACUGUAUUUUGGAUCUAAUCAGCUUUUUCUCACACUACUUUGAAAGUCAAAAAGGCAGAGUAGGUGAGGCUGGCGCUGUGUUCUGAUAAACACAAGGAAUGGUGGAUUUUUAAACAUAAUAAAUUACAGAAUGACACAUUUAUUUUCAAGUCUAAACAGUUCCCCUUUUGUUUGAAGAUAGUUUAAACAGAGAAAAAAGUUGUCUUAAGAUGAUUUAAUUACACUUCAGUGAUGAUGGCUGUGAUGAAUCUUAAACUUACAAUUUCGUGUGGAUGGCUAUUUCAGGAUCAUGACCACAGCAAGUCAUGAUUCUUCACAGUUGUUCAAUACCUUGAUAAUGUUCAGCUUCCUAUCACAUGGGGGCAGUAUUGAAGCAAGAACUAUGAAACAGGCUUUUCAAAAACAGGGGACACUUUGCUCUCUGUGAAAUUAAUUUCAUAACUGCUUAAAAUUCAAUAAAGAAUUACUCAAGAUGUUAAAAGAAUUCACGACUUAUAUUUAAUUCUAAAAAUUGAGCAUGAAUUAUAUGUAUUGUCAAUGGCGAUAUAAAAGAGGUCCCCAGCUGAUAUAGACUCUGCAUUAGUAUUCAUUAAUGUAAGAAGUCCUGCCCUGGUCGUAUUUGUACGGUAGUAACAUCAAAUUGUUCAACCAGUCAUUCUGGCAAAGACCUCAGAGCAGAGGGGUAUUGAUCCCAAGCUCUUGACAGACUCCUCAUCCAGUUUUUUGGUCACUGGCAAGUCCCGUCAAGCUUCCAGCUUCCUCAUCUUAAAGCUCUCACUUCAUAUCUCUGGGUAGUGACACUUUCACCAUGGCAACAUGUUAUGGAAACGUGUACUUCUACAAAUAGGCUGAGUAUAAGUAUUCCGGACGAUAAUUUAGAACAUUUGUGAAUUAAGGUUUCACAUGUCUGCUCUAUCUGGUCUGUUUUGGAUGAAAGUGGAGAGAAGAAGUUUAAGUUUCUAAGUCUGCAUUGGUUUAUAAAUCACAGAAGCUGCUAUUUUAUUUACUAGGCAUGUAGACCAUGCAAAGAAAUAAAAUAAAAUAAAUCCACAGGGGAAAUAAAGUUGUUGUAGCACCAAAUAGUCAAAGGAAGUCAAAAAAUAUAUAUAUUGUGUCACACCAAUUUCUCCAUUGUUUGAACUAUGCUGUUGUAUGUCUAAACAAUAUCACAGUUUUUUUUUUUGUGUGCGCAUGCAUCUGUUGUAGUAUUGUUGAUAGUUGUUUUGUAGAAACAUGGCAAAAACACUGGAUAUGAAUAAGAUUAAGUUAUCCUGACUGUCGGGACAAGCACCUCUAAGGUAUUAUGUUUUCAAGACAGUGAAGGAGGAUGCUUCUAGUUUAUUGUUUUUCCUUUAUUCUAGAGUUUUGGAAACUUCUGCCUGUUUAUGUAUCUUAGCUGAAUAUUGUAUAUAUUCUUUUUGUAGUGUGUGACAGUCGUCUUAGCUUUUUUAUGUUGACUAAAUUAUAUUUAUGUCUUUAUGCUGCCCUUUUCCAUAGGUGUCUCUUCAAAAAGAGAUUUUAAUCUCAAUGAGACUACCACUGGGUUAAAUAAAGGAAACAGAAACGAAAUGCAUGAGGGCGUAGCUUCCAGUUUGGAAGUAAAAGCAUGGAAAUAAUGAGUCAUAAGAAAGAUAUUUUUAAGGUGUCUCACAUUGGUCACUCACAUAUUCCUCAAGCACUGUAUAGGUCCCUUGCCCACAGCUGUACAUGAUUCUGCAAACUCUGUAUA